AUAAAAAUGUCAAAUAUCUUGGAAAACCAGCUGAUGGCCAGCGGCACGGUUAUCUUUACUCUUUACUUUUUCUUUGAUCAACUUCAAUUAACAGUUAACACACAGUUCAAGGUUCAAGUGGUUUUAGUGCUGAAAAGGAGUGUAUAAACAAGCAUCCACUAUCAAUAUCAAGUAUCAACUAUCAUCUAUCAACCUGUGCUAUCCACUCAACACUCUCAACUUCACUCAGAUUCUGACAUUCUGAGUCUGACAGGCAUGGUAACAAUUACUUCCACAAAGCAUGAAAUGACAAUGGCUCAACCAGUUAAUCCCAGAAUUGAGAAAGUGCUGAACAAGUUGCUGGAACCGAAUUUCAAACUCAAAGACGAUGCAUAUCUCAACUUAUUGUUGACUCAUUUGACAAGUAAAUCAAAUGAAGACAAUGAUGCAAUCUACCAACAAGAAGCAAACAAAGAAUUUAUUUUACUCUGGAUGAAACAAGCAAUUUUAUACUGGGAAGAAACAGAAACAAUCAGCAGUACUCUCACUUGCACCUUUGCUUUGAAUUUGAUGGGCUACAUGUGUAAAGAUGAGCAUAUAUUCUUGAAAAUGAAUCAAGAGAGAAUGUUUGAACGAUUGCUUGCAAUAAUAAUUGACUAUUUCAAAUGUUUUGCAGUCCAACCGAGUAUAGAACUUGCUUACAUCAAAUUGCUCUCCUCGUUUCUGAACCAUGCCUCAGGUUUACAAUGGAUUAUUUCUAAUGAGCACUGGAAAUUUGUUAUGAACUCCUCCUUAAACCCGCAUACUGUGUAUAUUUCAAGGGAAGGAUAUAAGUUUAUGGCUAGUAUGCUUGAGAAAUCCACAAUAGUUGACUCAAAUUAUGCCAAGGAUAUUCUGCAUUCGCUUUUAACGCCUCUAAUAAAUGCUAGAAGUCAGACUAGUGAAAACGGCACUGCAAUUGUGAGGGAUGAGGAAGCACUUUACCAUUCUAUAUCACCUAUAUUAUCUCUCCUUACUAAAAUGUUAGAAACAUUUAUGGAAAGCAAGAAUGAAGGAAAUAUAAAGGAUAUAAUACUGAUGUUGGAAGAGCAUUUCGAUUUGGAAAAGACUCUCAGAGAUCUCACGACAUUUGUUAAAAAAGAAGAUUUCCUCUUCGAUUUGUACAAGAUAUUGACAAUUUGGUGUUUUCUAAUUGUAUAUAUCAAAUACAGUGAGAACCUAGUUGUUUUCUAUGGGAAAAUAGAAAAUCAAUUAAUUGGCAUAUUCUAUGAUGCAACUUCACAACUAAAUGUGUCAAACAUGCUGAAACUAUGUCACUUGAGCCUCAUUUACUGGAACAAUAUGAAAUCAAAAAUACCUGCUAGUUCAAACUUGAAUUCUUCAGAAAUAUCCCUAGAAAAUCAAUUGCUGGUAUUACAGAUAUUUCCAGCUUUUGCUAUGAGGAAAUGUAUAACUGAUGAAGACGAGCAUUACCGCUCUUUGUUCCUUCAAAAAUUCUUUAGCAAAGUACCACCUCACACUCUCAGAGUCUGGUAUAAAUGGAGAAUGCAUUUAAAAGAUACAUUUUCUCUUAGCGACGGUAUAUUAGCUCUGAAAUAUUUCUUACAUUCCAAACAAUUCUAUUAUCGAGAAAAUGCUGUUCUCGCAUUUCAGUGCUUGAUAUACUUUGUGAAAGAUAUAACGGAUCUCCUAUACCAAAGACCUGACUUGAUACAUGGUCUCUUGGGUCAGCCAGAUUAUAUAAUCCUCAUUCUAGAAUGCAUGAAAGUUAUCAUAGAUGAGUUUACCAUCACCUGGAAAGAAAGCGUUGAGACUCUGUGCAUUCUAUGUGUCACGAACUCCUUCCUCAGUGUUACUAUAUGGCCACCAAAGAUUGUCAUCAGCUCUUUGCAACUUAUGGAGAAAGCUCUCGUGAAACACAUGACUCCAGAGAUGGCGCUCUUGAUAGAUACUGGAGAAGAUUCAACAAUAAAUUCUAUACUUACUAUGCUGAAGGCCAAAUUACAUGAUUCUGAUUGGGAGGUUCGAGACUCAGCAGUAGAAAUGGUUCGAACAGUAAUCGUUUCUGCCUAUACAAAAUUCUCCUCCUUCGGCGAAAGAGUUGUGGCGAAUGAGUUUCCUACUUCUAUACUUUUGAUGGCUACAAGAGAUGGAAAUUCCUUUGUAAGAGCUACAUCACUCAAGUGUUUACAAGAAAUGACAAAAGUCGAUGAAUUAUGGAAUGUCCUGAUACAUGAAGGUCACAUUUUGGAAAAAAUAAUACGGAUAUUGUAUGUGGAACAAGAAGGAAUUGUCCGGACAGAAGCAGCAGCCUUGAUUGAUUCCAUCUAUACGAAUCGUGAAGUUUCUGUGGUUACUUUAUCCAAAUUUUAUGAUAUUAUGCAUCAUGCUGUCAUAGCGGACCUACACUGGGAAACUCGAGUGAAUGCUUUACAAUUCUGGAAAAAUGUUAUCAAUAGGCAUCUGUUCCAACAAGGCAUGAUAGAUGGGGAUUUUCCAGAAUUUACAUUUUCGAAGGAGAAGCGUAAAAUUAUUAAUUUGAAUGAAGUAGAAGUAAAAAUGAGGCUUAUCAAAGUUCUCAAUCAACUUUCCGAAAACGGUUGCUUGUCAGCCUUUCAAUUCGCCCUUCAAGAUGAUUGUGAUUUAGAGGUAACAAAAUAUGCGACCGACGCUGUGAACGAUUUUGUAUUACUUCUGAAGAAGUACAGGAUAACUACUUGUGAUGUAUCUACAGACACCACGAUAUCUAAACCCUCUCAUCAUAGUCCACAGCCGGAUACAUCCAAAUCGCAACCAAAUAGAAAUUUCGCGAGUGUAAAUAGUAGUUGUUCGAGUUCAAAUGAUUCUGUUAUGGAUGAAGUCCUCGAUUCUCUCGAUGCGAAUCUCCUUGAAUCGAUUUUCAAUUCCCUCGAUCAGCCCCCAGAUGAUUUUGUGGAGAUGCAAGGUCGAAGAAUGUUGUCGCCAAACAAGUUUUUGGAAUCCGUCUAUUCGGAUCUAGCUUAUCAUGUGGAACAGAAAUCGAACUGGAUUGAGAGUAUCGAUAAUUUCAAUUCACUGUUGGAUGAUAUUCUGAAGGAGUAUGAUGUGAAUGAAAUUAACGAAAUGGAUUGUUACUAAAUGACUUCCCAAACCGAGGUAUGGGUUUGAAAGAAUAUUUUAAAUGUGGUUAUUGGCCAUUAGCUGAGUUUCUUCAUUCCAUCGUAGUAUUGAUAUUUCGAUAUAUACAGGGUCCGGAAAUGUUUUGUCGUGAAUGAUAGGGCUGAUAGAGUGGCCCAAAAAUAAUGCUAGUAUGUAUAGUGUUUAUUGUAAAUAAAGUGAAUUGUAAAACCGAAAUGAACUUCUCCGCUCAUCAAAGAGACCCGAAACGCAAACGCUUCGUUACCGAUAUACAGAGCGUUUAAGUUUGAAGAUUAUUUCAUUUUCCAGCAACUGUUAUGAAAAGUGAAGGUUUGUUAGGUUUAUUAUUUUUCAGGUGAUGUUUGAAAACUUGUAAUUAAAAUCAAAAACUAAAUGUUUAUAGUGUUUUUUGUUUUAAUUGUGAUAAUAUAGGUUGCUCCUUUUUUUGAAAAUAUCUAUAAAAUGUGGCGAAUUACAAUUGAUAACGGUCGCAGAUGCAUGAAAAUUUAAAAAAGUUUAGUAACGGAACAAACAACUCAUUUCGUGUUUCAAAAUCUACAAGUGGCGUACCACAAAAAAGUUCAUGGAACGGAAAUGGACUCGAACCCUGAAAAAUUAUG